CUUGCACAUGCUGAAGCAGUUUAUUCAGAGUCAAAUCAAACAGGCAAGCCUAAAGGAAUCAGACCAACGAACAGAACUGGCUUGCUUGGUCUCUUUGGCAAUAAGGUAGAUUUGAUAGAGUACUUUACCGAAAAAAUCAAUGAACUGACCUCAAAAUUGGAAGCUGAACAGAAAGUCAUGCUUAGAGAAAAGCAGCAGGGUUCAGCUCUGGUCUUCUUCACCAGCAGGGUUAUUGUUGCUUCUGCAGCUGUGAGUCUAUAUGUUUGA